AUGAUAGGUUCAAGGAAUGGUGACAUCGCGGCUUUAAGUAGACUGGAUGGUAUAUUUUCAAGCUAUAAAAGCAUUAACCUUUACAUUAAUUGGUUACCAGCAAGGGUAUCGGCUGAUGGUUUAGUUAUAUUAUCUGGUUUUCCAGGUCAUCAAAGAGCUAAAGUGGCAGAGCUAUCGAAGUUUGGUCGCCCUGCUAAACUGCGAAGCUCGUCUUGGUGGAUAAGAUUUUUCAUUCAAACCAGCUUAGAAGAGAACGAAGCUGCUACUAAAAAGUUCGAGCAAGCAGCAGCCAAGAAGUCGUACAAGUCGACUUGCCAAGUUUUCCACCUCAAACCUUUGCAUUAAUUAUCCACUCAACAUAUAUAGCCUCUUUGUGAAAAUGAUGCAAAAGAGCAUCUUUAGUUCUUACAAGCUUUAAAUUAUAAAGGUGGACUUUUUUGUUUCCUUGAUUUAUUUUAACGAGACACAAGUAUUGUUUGAUUGAAAUUUUUGUUUGUACAAGUUAGCAUCCGCCAAAAUGUAUUUUUUUCAAAUAAGACACUUAAAAGUGGGGAAUUCACAUGUGAAAUUGAAGAAAAAGUUAGUACACAUUACCA